AUGGACACGAACCCCGAGGAGCUCGGAGAGUACGCCCAAGGAGAGGCGGUGGCCAAGUGGAGCCCGGAGAUGGACACGAACCCCGAGGAGCUCGGAGAGUACGCCCAAGGCGACAUCCUGUUCCCUGCUAACACAGCGAGAAAUGGUCUCAAAGCAGCGGCCACCCACUGGGAGAAAGGGAUCGUGCCGUACGAGAUAGGACCGUCCUUCAGUCCUCAAGACAGAGCUAUGAUUGACGAUGCUAUAGCCGAGUACCACAAGCGGACUUGUGUCAAGUGGGUACCACGCAAGGGAACAGAGCCAGAUUAUGUGUACUUCACUAACUCUAACACAGGUUGCUGGUCAUCUGUAGGCAGGAUAGGCGGACGUCAGGAACUCAAUCUACAAAGCCCGGGUUGUCUCACGAAGAAAGGCACGGUAGAACAUGAGAUGAUGCACGCCUUGGGGUUCCUCCAUGAACAGAACCGCUGGGAGAGAGACAAGCACGUCACUGUUAACUACAACAAUAUUCAAGAUGGUCGCCAGAACAACUUUGAGAAGGCUAAAAAACAAGAGACGGAUGCUCAAGGCGUGUCAUACGACUAUCACAGUAUCAUGCACUACUCAGAGAACGCCUUCUCUAGGAACGGACAACCUACCAUCGUGCCUAAGUCGAAGGGGGUAAAGCUGGGACAGCGAGACAAACUCAGCGACAAAGAUGUCAAGAAGAUCCGACACAUGUACAAAUGUCAUUAAAUAACUCGACAAAUAAACUUAUCAACAUUAA